GCUUGAUAUGGGAUGCCCCCUUUAGCUUCUGCCUCUCGGGGGGGAUUAUGUCGUCACGCCGGGCCCCGAGGCCAUUAUAAAUGCCCCCUAUGGCCCCUUUGUGGUCCGUCAGACCAGCUCUACUAGGUGUGGGCAGGAGAUGCUCCGUAACCUCUUCUGUGUCGCUCAUCUAGAAUUAGCCCCAUAGAUUUAGCCUUUAGCAUCGAUGUUCAGGUCUCUCUGACAAAACCCUCCAAAUUUUCUACGCGUGCACACACAACCACACACACCUCAUGUUUCUUUAGCAGUCUGGGUGUUGUGCAGGCGGAGAGAAACAACGUCGGCAGAGACGACCUGCGUGCGGCUACAUGUGUGACCGUUUACUCGCGGCUUCCCACACGGCCUUAGCUAACGGCUAGUUCUAUUAAGCGGACUUUCAUCACUCUUUUCGCCCUUGUUUGUUUUUGCGGCAGCUUCAGAAGUAGCUAAGGAUUUCACUUUUUGUGUACUUGUUAAAAAGUUUCUUUUUUUCCUCAAAGACACUACAAAUAAGCUUCGCUUUUUAUUUUAGUUGGAUCUCAUAAAUCAUGAUGUGGGAGUUUCGCUCUAUGAUGUUCUGGAGGGCCGUGUUCGCCGAGUUUUUCGGCACCAUGUUCUUCGUCUUCUUCGGGAUGGGCGCAGCGCUACGUUGGACCUCCGGGCCGUACCACGUCUUCCACACUGCCCUCUGCUUUGGUUUUGCUGCUGCUACGCUAAUUCAAUCCAUCGGCCACAUCAGCGGAGGACACAUCAAUCCGGCCGUCACCUUUGCCUACUUAGUCGGCUCUCAGAUGUCCUUUUUCCGAGCUUUCUUCUAUAUUUGCGCUCAGUGCCUGGGGGCCAUGGCAGGAGCCGCGGCCCUCUAUGGAGUUACACCCAACAACAUGAGAGGCACACUGGCACUUAACACGCUGCAGCCCGGCAUGAGUCUUGGCAUGGCGACUACAGUGGAGGUGUUUCUCACCAUGCAGCUGGUUGUUUGCGUUUUCGCCGUCACCGAUGAGAGACGAAACGGACGUUUGGGUUCUGCCGCUCUGUCUAUUGGCUUCUCUAUCACCAUGGGUCACCUAAUGGGGAUGUACUACACUGGAGCUGGCAUGAACCCAGCUAGAUCUUUCGCUCCGGCUAUUAUCAUGAGGAAUUUCAUCAACCACUGGGUGUACUGGGUGGGACCCAUGAUUGGUGGUGCUAUGGGUGCCAUCUUGUAUGAUUUCAUGCUGUUUCCCCGUAUGCGGGGUCUCUCUGAGCGGCUAGCCACUCUUAAAGGCAGCCGACCCCCGGAGAGCGACAACCAGCAGGAGACCCGCGGAGAGCCCAUCGAGCUGAAGACUCAAACCCUAUAAACCUCCUAAGAACCUGUGGACCGAAAUCUGGCUCUACCUCACUGGACCAUCUCGCCGCCUCAAGCAAGCCUCGGUUAUUAAACUCCCACACUGACGGUCGCAUAUCCAUGCUAAAAUCAUUAAGGAAGCAUAAAUGAGUACAAUACUUUUAGUAUUCUAGGUUUGUUGCUAAUCAAGGCAGGGCAGGGGGCGGAGCUGAGGCAGGGGAUUAGGUGGGUGUGGGCGGGGUUGUUUAUGGUGUGGGAGGGGCUAGAGCUGUUUAUUUAGGCAUGCUUUUCACUUUUCAUCUGACUUCACUUUCACGAUUCAUUUUCAAUUUCGUUUUCUACAACAACAAGAUGUGGAUGUAUGCAACUUAACCAGGGUUUCACACUUAAUUUUAUGUGGGUGUGCAAGUGAGUGCAAAUGUGUGGGUCAUUUUGUGUGUGUGAGGGAGAAUGUGCCCAGGUAUGUACGUGUGUUUAGCUUGUGCAUGACUAAAAGUGUAUGUGUGAGUGUGUCUGUCUGCUGAGCAAUUAUUUUGGGUUUUUAUCAUUACAGCUCUCGUGUUUGUACCAUUUUCCUUAUUUUUACGGGACUCGAAGACACCCCAGACUGUAUUGUUUGCAAUGAUAUUUCAUUCACUUUGACGUUGACACAAACCACCCGUGGGCUGAGCUGUCUGAAACACAGCCGGUCUUUGCCGCCAGUCUUUGCAUUACUUCUCAAGUUUACAGUGUCUGUGUUGCCUUUCAUUAAAUCUUGUUUGAGGAUAACAUCCAUGACUGGGCAAAAAAAUAUGAAUCAUAUUUGAAUGCAAAUAAAUACAUGAAAAAGAAAAGGGGCCUUUGUAUGUAUCACAUUUUGCUCAUAGGGUUAAUGAUGCAGGAACUAAUAUUUACACUAGAUGGCGCUGUACAACAGUUUGUGAUCUUAAAGCAUUCAACUGGCAUUAGAGUUUUAUUAUGACGGGGCUUAAUGAGAGAUAAAGACAUUAGGAAUAGAAACUGGGAACAAGAAAAAUGCCAGUACCUGUUUACAAUAAAACAGAAUUAAAUGCAGUAGUAAAAACGGGAUACAAAACACAAACUCAAUUGAAAUCAAAAUGUACCUUUAGUGAAUUUACGGUCUCAAGAUCAGAAAUAUUGAUGACUCAUCUUGCACUACAGUUUCUUUGUCCAAUAAAAUUUUGUAUAUAAUUUACAACUUUACAAACAAACGCAUAACUACAAUAAACAUUAACAUAAAUACGAUACAUAAAACUAAAUGAAAAUACUAAAAGGAGGGCUGUCAAACGAUUAAUCGCAUCCAAAAUAAAAGUUUUUG